CACAGAGACAUGUAUAUUACAGGGGCGUAGAAAGGGAAAACACACAGACCGGCAUGAUAUAAAAUGUAGACAGCCAUCGAAGCCGCCUCCGCUUCCAUCUCAGAAGCUAUUGUGGCGCGCAGCUUUGUUGGCUGCUAUGGCGAUGGCCUGAUCGGUCUCGUCGGCAGCCGGAGAUAUGCCCUCACAGAUGAGCUGCUUGGUGUCGGGGGGAAGGCGCCAGACCUCAAAUUGACGGAGGCCGACGAGCCACACGUGCCUUCUGUCUUGUUGGUGAGGGAUGCGAGAGAGGCGGUUGCCAUAGCCGCUGAUCGGGUGAGGGGCGCUUCGAGUAGCUGCUUGGUCUUGGUAUCAUCGAGCUCCCCAGCUGCUGCGGCCGCUGGAUCGAUCUCUUCAUUCUCCACCCGCUUGGCAAGCACUACGGCUGCAGUUGGACAAGAUGGCCGUCUGCAGACACAGACAGGGCAAACAGGCAGAUGAACGGAUAGAGACAUCAAUACGUGUCUCAGGGUGAGAUCUAGAACAUGGUGUUGCCUACACGAUGUCAUCAAUCAGCCGAUCUAUCAGAAUCGCCUGCAACACGCAAAGAACACCUGGUGCUUUUGGUGUCGCUUCCGCGGGAAACAUAAUACCUUUCGGCUGCUCUCUCUCUGUGGUUUUAUCCACACUGGGACCCCCCUCGCCCUGCACCUCUGCUCGAGGUCCGGCUGAGGCAGCGGUGAGCCUCCUCCACCCCUCUCAGUCAGGCCCGCCAUCUGCUGCAUGAGCUGUGUUGGGGGCAGACGGGUGUAGACGGCCUCUGCUGCUGCUGCUGGGUGGUGGCUUGGGGAGGGGAGGGAGGGCCCGGAGGGGGGAAUGGGCGAGGCGUCAGAGGCGGAUGCAGGUGCGAUGGCGGCAAGAGGGGUCGAGUCAUCAUGUGAGGGUCCAGGAUGGGACGGCAUGACGGGGAAUGUGCCCACAAACUGACACACAUCGACAGAAAGAGCACAUGAGAGGUGAUUCCACUGUCUGAAACGAAAGAAUUCUGCCUGCUGUGUUCCGUUGCGCACCUCCCGGUCUUCAUCUUGCUCGUCGGUCCUGAUUGCUGGCGCAGGUGCUGGCACUGGGUGCUGAAUUCCAUUGCGGCUGCGGUGCAUCAUGUGCUGGGCGGCGUCUGCUUUAUUCGGGCCCGCAUUGUCGUCACUUUCGUGGCAUUGAAAGCGCCUGGACGGCUCCUCAGCGUGGUUCUUCAUCUUGUUGCCACUUUGCUUUGUAUAGCCGAAACCAACCAGCACAUACGGUAAAGGUGCGCCCCGGGGACAGCUCAAUGGUGUGGGGGAGGCCCGCAGGGAGGUGUGGGAUGGUGGCCGGUGUGUGUGCAGGCGGCGCUGGCGAGUCUUGGCAGCUGGGGAGGGAGUGUGAGUGCCGUGGCGACUCCUCUCCUGCCGAUGUCGCCUCCUGGCUGGGUGACCCAACCACUCGGUGGAAAGGCGACUGGAGGAAGGAAAUGACCACAUACACACACACGCUCACACAGAGGGAUUCACUCGUCAUCUCCCUCCCUCCCUCCCUCCGUUUGUGUGUGUGCGGUGCGUGCGCCUGGCUGGCUGGCUGGCUGGCUGAAGGUUCGGGCGUACCUCCGUGGGAGUGUCCUUGCAGGCGGGCAUGAGGGACUCCUUCUCCACAAAAG